CUCAUCCUUGCGGAAAUCAUUCAUGACCCUUUCCGCCCCGUCGAACAAGAACACACUACCGGCGUCAGAUAACUAGCUUCAAACAGCGCCCUCCGCUGCCCUCGAGCCAUGUCCCGUUGAGGCUCAACCUAAUAUCAUCGUCAACAUCGUAUACUCAGGGAAUAAGGUUGAAAGGCCCGUCCAUCAUUCCCAAGCUGGGCCCCAUACCGACACUGUGGAAACAAGGAAUGCCGCUCGGAUGCCCGCUGUCAUCAUAGAUCAGAUUAUCAGAACGUGGAUCUCCAACGAAACUGCUUCAAACGUCCGGUACCAGCAACCCACGACAGGGAGAGCGCUUCUGCCAAAGCUUGUGUGUCAGGACCUGCUCCACGGGAGCACCGCUGUCCCCUCCCCCCCCGGGCAGGAGGCCACACCGUCCUACCUCCAAUAUAGUCCACUCAUACCCCCGCUGGCCGAGGGUUUACGUUGGCUAUUCCUUUCUCUUCUUUUGUUCUUACUUGCCAGCGCUGUGCACUCGCUUGUCGAUUACUUUCUUUCAUAUCGACAAAUUCUGUUCUACAGCAAACCCGCAGGUCCGGCUACCUUGCAUUUAUUUUCCCUUCGAACUACCGCUUGUUGUUAUAUACUAUUACCGAGAGGGCAGACACGUCACACCGUCGACCUUCGUUACCUUCUUUGUUGGAGCUUGUUUGGACUUUGAGAAGAUUCGGCAUACAGUUUCGGGCUUGGGCACUUCAGGAAAAGAGACAAGGGUCCAAUAAAAGAAACGGGAAUUUUCGGAGGAACUAUUUGAGAAAGUACCGCGAACAUGGGAAGGCUUAUCAAGAACCACUGGGCGAGGCUCAUCACCUUAACGGCCGCAACUUGUA